GUGGUGCCGGCGGGGGGCGCGAUGGACCCGGCGCCCUCGCUGGGCUGCAGCCUCAAGGAUGUGAAGUGGAGCUCGGUGGCCGUGCCUCUCGACCUGCUGGUCAGCACAUACCGGCUGCCCCAGAUCGCGCGCCUGGACAGCGGAGAAUGCAUAGAAGGGCUGCGGGAAAAUGACUACCUUCUGAUUCAUUCAUGCCGCCAGUGGACCACCAUCACUGCCCAUAGCCUGGAGGAGGGUCACUAUGUCAUUGGGCCAAAGAUAGAGAUUCCAGUACAUUAUGCAGGGCAAUUCAAGCUGCUGGAGCAAGACCGAGAUAUAAAGGAGCCCGUGCAAUAUUUCAACAGUGUGGAAGAGGUGGCUAAAGCGUUUCCUGAACGCGUAUACGUCAUGGAGGAAAUAACAUUCAACGUGAAGGUUGCUUCCGGUGAAUGCAACGAGGACACCGAAGUUUACAACAUCACCCUGUGUACCGGGGAUGAGCUGACUCUAAUGGGACAGGCAGAAAUCCUUUAUGCAAAGACUUUCAAGGAAAAGUCACGACUCAACACCAUCUUCAAAAAGAUUGGGAAGCUCAACUCCAUCAGCAAGCUGGGCAAAGGCAAAAUGCCGUGCCUCAUUUGCAUGAAUCACCGGACCAAUGAAAGCAUCAGCCUGCCCUUCCAGUGCAAGGGCAGGUUCAGCACACGCAGUCCCCUGGAACUGCAGAUGCAGGAGGGCGAGCACACCAUCCGGAACAUUGUGGAGAAAACCAGACUUCCUGUGAACGUGACUGUGCCCAGCCCUCCUCCCAGGAACCCCUACGACCUCCACUUCAUCCGCGAGGGGCACCGCUACAAGUUCGUGAACAUCCAGACCAAGACAGUGGUGGUUUGCUGUGUGUUGCGGAACAACAAGAUCCUCCCCAUGCACUUCCCUUUGCACUUGACUGUCCCCAAGUUCAGCCUCCCAGAACACUUGGUGAAGGGGGAGGUAUGGCCUGAAACCCUGAUCCAUCACUGGCUGGGUAUCUGCCAAGAACAGUUUGACAUUGAUGAGUAUUCACGCGCCGUCCGUGAUGUGAAAACUGACUGGAAUGAAGACUGCAAGAGCCCCAAGAAGGGCCGGUGCUCCGGCCACAACCACGUGCCCAAUUCCCUUAGCUAUGCCCGUGAUGAGCUCACCCAGUCCUUCCACCGGCUUUCCGUCUGUGUGUAUGGCAACAAUCUCCAUGGCAACAGCGAAGUCAACCUCCAUGGUUGCAGGGACCUGGGGGGAGAGUGGUCCCCUUUUCCUCAUGACAUCCUGCCCUAUCAGGACUCUGGUGACAGUGGGAGUGACUACCUUUUCCCAGAAGCUAGUGAAGACUCAGCGGGCAUCCCAGGCAAGUCAGAACUUCCUUACGAAGAGCUGUGGCUGGAGGAAGGCAAGCCCAGCCAGCAGCCUCUCACUCGUUCCCAGAGCGAGAAGAGCAGAUGUGAGCAGUUCCGAGGUUCAGGCCGGUCCAAAUGUACAGCUUCGCCUCUUCCUGCCCCUGGGACCCUGGGAGUCGCCAUGAAGUCUUCAGAUAUUUCCCUACCUCCACCUCCAGUGCCUCCCAAAUCUGAAGCCGUCAAAGAAGAAUGCCGGCUCCUCAACGCCCCACCUGUCCCACCCCGAAGCGCCAAGCCUCCAUCCACAAGCCCCUCCAUCCCUCCUCGCACCGCCAAGCCAGCACGGCCGCAGACUCGCUCUCCCAGCCCCACCUUGUCCUACUACUCGUCAGGGCUGCACAACAUCGUCACUAAGAGCGACACAAGUCCUUCAGAAAGUGCUCCUGUGUCCUGCUAUCCAUGCACCCGCGGGAACACAGAUUCUGUGGAUGUGAAAUCCCCGUUUGGGAGUCCUUCCACGGAGGCCUUGGCCUCCAGGCUCUCGUGGCCCAACCACUACUCGGCAGCAUCCGAGAGCCAGACCCGGAGCGACUUCCUGCUGGAUCCGAGCAGGAGUUACAGUUACCCACGACAGAAGACGCCAGGCACACCAAAGAGAAACUGCCCAGCACCCCUAGAUUUUGACAGCUGCGAGCCCCUGAGCAGCACCCCCGGCCCAGGCACAGCAGAAUUCAGUAGUGGUGUCUCCGGCUGUCCCAAGUCAGCCAGCUACUCCCUGGAGAGCACGGACGAGAGCACCGUCCCAGCUGGCAUAGCAAAACAGAGUGUCUCAUGCCCUGCCUUACCGCCCAGGGCUCCAAAGCCAGUGGAAGAGAAAGCCGCCUCGGAAACACCUCCCUUGCCUCUGAAAAUCGAUGGUGCUGAGGAAGACCCCAAGUCGGGGUCACCAGAUCUCUCGGAGGACCAGUAUUUUGUUAAAAAGGGCAUGCAGGACAUCUUCUCCAUCUCCUACCCAUUUUCAUCCCCAUUGCACCUGCAGCUGGCGCCCAGGUCCUGUGGUGAUGGUUCCCCGUGGCAACCACCUGCCGAUCUCUCGGGACUCUCUAUAGAAGAAGUGUCCAAGUCGUUACGGUUCAUCGGUUUGUCUGAAGACGUCAUAUCAUUCUUUGUCACUGAAAAGAUUGAUGGGAAUUUGCUUGUUCAGCUAACAGAAGAAAUCCUCUCAGAGGAUUUCAAAUUGAGCAAACUGCAGGUGAAGAAAAUAAUGCAAUUCAUUAACGGCUGGAGGCCCAAAAUAUAGCCAAAUAACCCCAGCUAGCAUGGGACGGAACUGAUCAGUGUGCGUGCUGGAAGGGCUGGGCUGGGACACAGUUUCUUGUUUUUGCACUAUAAACCUUCUCUGUAAAUAAGGAUAAGAGAACCUUACUAUGCAGAUUACGUUUUUGAAUGGUGAACAGGCUAUUUUGUACAUCAAUAAAAAUGUUGUACAGAACACUUACAGGUGUGCCUUGUACGUCACUCAACAGCUGCUAGAAGGAAAAAAGGAGGCAUGUUCAGAGAAAUCAGUUACCCAGGUAGGUUUAUGUGAGAAAGUGUGAUAUUUAUUACAAAGUAGCCAAAGCCGAAAAACAUAAAAAUCU